UGAAUAGAGCAGGUCACGAUUUAGCUAUGGAGCACGUUCGGAAACAUCUGGUGCUGUUCCUACUGCUGGUACACCCUGUUUUAGAGCCUGCUAUGGCAUCCUCCCGAGCUGCAAGUCGAGAUGCAAGUCGAAAUGCAGGUGGGAAUGCAAGUCGAGAUGCAAGUCGAGAUGCAAGUCGAAAUGAGAGUCGAGAUGCAAGUCGAGACGUAAGUAGUGAUGCCAGUCGAGACGCAAGCAGUGAUGCCAGUCGAGAUGCCAGUCGAGAUGGAAGUAGUGAUGCAAGUCGAGAUGCCAGUCGAGAUGCAAGUCAAGAUGCAAGCAACGAUGCAAGUCGAGAUGCAAAUAGUGAUGCCAGUCGAGAUGCAAGUCGAGAUCCCAGUCGAGAUGCCAGUCGAGAUGGAAGUCACGUUGCAAGUCAUGAUGCAAGUCGAGAUGCAAGUCGAGAUGGAAGUCGAGAUGGAAGUCGAGAUGGAAGUCAUGAUGCAAGUAUUAAUGCCAGUCGAAAUGCAAGUAUUGAUGCAAGUCAAGAUGCAAGUCAAGAUGCAAGUCGAGAUGCAAGUCAAGAUGCAAGUCGAGAUACAAGUCGAGAUGCAAAUAGUGAUGCCAGUCGAGAUGCAAGUCGAGAUGCCAGUCGAGAUCCCAGUCGAGAUGCAAGUCGAAAUGCAAGUCGAGAUGGAAGUCAUGAUGCAAGUCGAGAUGAAAGUCGAGAUGCAAGUCGAGAUGCCAGUCGAGAUGCAAGUAGUGAUGCAAGGCUAGAUACAUGUCAAGAUGCGAGUCAAGAUCAGUGUGAACCGUGUCGCUGUUCUUUUUGUGGAGAGAAGGUUAAAGCUGAUUGUUCGUAUCGGAAACUAGACAAGGUCCCAUCCAAUCUGUUACCCAACAUAACUGAGCUCAAUCUUUUAGGAAACAACAUCCAUCGUUUGGAAAAUGGAUCUCUCAGUUAUCCAAAUCUUACCAUAUGUAACAUAUCUUCCAAUGGUCUGAAAGAUAUUGAACUUGGUGUGUUUCAUCAACUGAAAAACCUUGAGAUUUUACACCUUGAUAAUAAUGAUUUAUCUAUAACAGAGGUCUUUCGUCACAGACUGUUUAAACAUCAGACAAAACUUAAGAAGCUCUAUAUUAACCAAAAUGUUAAAUCUCGCCCUUACGAUGCUAGCGUAAACCCAACAUUAGAAUGUAGACACCAAAAAAGUGUAUUCGAAUAUAGAACAAAUUCGAGUUCCAUACUGAAAGACAUUCAUCACAAUGGGAAUACAUUUGGACACAAUUCUUACCAAGGUUGUGCUUUCAAAGAUUUAGUAUCAUUACACGAAUUAUACAUUGAUGGAACGGAAACACUACAUUUUGGCAAGGAAUUCAAGAAUCUGAAGCACCUCCGGUCACUAUCACUAGGGGGGCCGUUUAGGACAUGUUACACGCGUUGCUUGAGGAAUGACACAUUUGAGAAUGUGCCUCACUUACAGAAUCUGGAUCUGUCUUACUGUCUGUUGGUUGACAUUGAACUAUCAUCUUUUGAAGUGCUAAAGAAUCUAAGUAACCUCGAAAUGUCACAUAACAGAUAUCUGGGAAUUCCAAAAAUGGGACAAGCUAUGUAUGGAUUGCAGAACUCGUCUCUGAGAGUGCUAAUCGUAAACGGAUUAGGACGUAUAAUGGGGCUUAGUACAAAGUUGAGAGCUAAAGAUAUCCAGUAUCUAAAGAAUACGAAAUUAGAGGUAUUGUACAUUCAAGGAAACAGAAUAGAAAUAAUUGAUAGAAAUGUAAUGAUUAACCUUCCAACAUCUCUCAGAGGAAUAUCUAUCAAAGGUAAUCACCUUUCGUUUGGUCUUUACAUGAUGGUAUUGUCCACGCUGACAAAUUUGCAGUGGCUGGAUGCCUCCCAUCAAAGUACAUCGUAUGUUUCCUUCUUUGAUACCGCAAGCCUUCAUUCACGUAACCUUCUGCAACUGAAAAGACACAUACCUUUCAGUGGCAAUAUUACACUUUAUGUUCCUCCAAAUGUUACAUUUCUCGAUGUAAGUCAUUCUAAAAUGGCUUUUGAAGUUAUUCGUUUCGAAAUCGGCCCAAACAAACUUAUUGAAGCAGAUUUUUCAUUUAAUUAUUUUACCAGUUGGACGGGUCCCAUCAUAGGGCUAACACACCUGGAAAAAUUAUAUGCUUCUAACAAUUUCUGUGAAUACCUAGCAGAUGGAGUGUUAACAUACUUUCCAUCUUUAAAACAUCUUGACAUUGGUUCCAAUUACCUUGGCUAUACCCUUACGAAUGACACAUUUGGUGAAAUACCUUUUCUAGAAUAUCUCGACUUAUCAAAUAAUAAGAUAAGUUCACUUCCAAAGCUAAUCUUCAAGAACACAAAUCUGCUUAAAAUCCUAAAUCUAAGUUCCAAUUAUUUGAUGUCGUGGAAUAUAGAAAUAAACAAUUUUCAUAUGACAGUUAUAAAUUUAUCAAGAAACACCUUUGACGAAGUUCCAUCUCUUCUGCGCCAUCAAGUCAGUUGUAUGGUAAGUAGGGAUUUUCAGCUGUACUUUAAUGACAACCCUCUCAAGUGCAAUUGCUUAACUUUGACUUCAUUGAAAUGGAUGAGAGAUCAUGCUUCGAAAUUACAUAAUCUUGAUGACUUCAGCUGCCGUGAUGACAGCAACAGACGACUAUUCUUGAAAGACAUCCAUCAAAUCAUCUUCAAGCUUGACAAAAAGUGUUCCUCCUACCUAGGUAUUUCUAUCGGGGUUCUCUGUCUUGUGAUGCUAGUUCUCUGUUUGUGCAUAACAGGUAUCGUGUACAGGUUCAGAUGGAAACUGAGGUAUCUUUACUAUCUCAUACGGAUGAAACACAGGGGUUACCUUGCUGCUCGGGAGGAAGAAGAGGGUGGGCCACAGUUUGAGUUUGAUGCCUUCAUUUCCUAUGCUGACGAGGACCGUGGGUUUGUUGUUGAGGACAUGAGGCAGAUAUUGGAGGGACAGCAUGGCCUUCGGCUCUGUAUCCAUCAUCGAGACUUUCUCGUGGGGGAAGCUAUUGCUGCCAACAUUCUAAACGCUGUCAAAUCCAGCAGGAGGACGGUGAUCGUCCUGUCGAGGAAUUUCUUGAGGAGCUACUGGUGUAAGUACGAAGUGGAGAUGGCCAAGAUGGAGAGCAUCUACACUGGACGAAACACACUGCUGGUGGUAGUCCUAGAGAACAUCCCUGUGAAGGACCUGACCCCUGAUAUUGUGGAGCUGAUGCGUCAAGACUCCUACGUAGAGUACACGGAUGAUCGGGAAGGUCAGGAGGUGUUUUGGCAAAAUCUUGAACGUGCUGUACGUAUUGUGUAGUUGCUUGUUUAGAUGUAGGAGCAUGAUCUAUGUGAGUGUAGAUGUUUCAUAAUUGAUCUGGCUUUUUAACAUUUCUAAUUUCUUACAUUUUACUUCAAUGAAACCCAGAGAUAUAUACUAAACAACAAAAGUUCCUGUAACAUGGAAUAAGAUUUAAUGCAAAGUUAUAUUUUAUACCAAAUCUGAAACAAUUUCGGUUUGCAGCAGAUACAUGACUCCUGUAAGUUUUCAGAUGGUGUAGUUUGCCAUACUUACUUCAGAAAAUCCAUGAUUUCAUAAAAAAACAUGAACAAGCAAAAA